CGAGAGCAAUGUGAGUAAUUGAUGCUGGCCAAGUUGCCUCGAAUCAGCUGUAGGUGUACACUAGAUUUCAAUACCUGCAAUAAGUGUUUAAGAAGUAUCAAGCAACGAUUGCACCAAAAAUUGUUGCUAUAACUAUUUGUUCAAGAAAGAAAAAGUUUUCACCUUCCCAUGCAUGACAGGCCUUAGAAGGGGCAUUCAAUUUUCCCAGCAAAUGGUGGCACCUAUCUUCCCCGGGGGUAUCGAAAACAGGAAUGGUCGAUCCAUCUCCAAAACCCCAAACUAUUCGCUCAACAGACGUUGGCAUCAUCUUCCUAUGCUUCCCCAAGUAAUGACCUUGGGCAUCGAAGAACAGAACCGAGCAGUAAAGCGUGUAUCCGUCCCUCUCUAUCACUCCCAUCGCCAAGAACACCUUGUGUUGGAAUCUGAAUUGGAGCAUGAAGAUCGAAGGCAGAAGCAGUGGCGCGAAUGAAUCAAAGGCACGAAGAUUUUGAAUUUUCAAAUAAACCAACAUUGUGUCAUUUUGGUAUUUUUUUCAGUUUUAGUCCUUUUUAGUUUAUCUUGUGUCAGUCGAGUCCAGUUCGUGUGUUGAACUGAUUAGUAGCUUUCAAGCUGAGUUUGGUAGUUAGUUAGCUACUUUAUAGAAUGAUGGAGUUGAGGGAGGUUGGAUUCACAGGCUGAGGAUCUUGUAUUUAUGUUGAACUUAUUUCAUUCAAUAAAACUUCGUCAAAUUGUAAUACAAAGAGUUUUCAUUUGGUAUCAGAGCUUUGCAAGCUGUAACUAAAGGCUUUCAAGCAAACUUUCAAGUGAAGUGUGAGAGAUAUCCAGUUUUCAAUAGAGAGUUGAGCUGUGGGAAACACAAGAGAUAUUGUGUAAGGUACGUAUGAUAAACAUGGUGAGAGACUAGAGAAAGAUGAGUGACUCAGGUAGAUUUGGUCAGAUUGGUCUUCCCAUAUUCGAUAGAGACUUUGAUCAUUGGAGCUUACUCAUGGAGAAUCUCCUACAUUCCAAGGAAUACUAGACAGUGGUGGAAGAAGGUUUCAAGGAACCUGCUAUAGGAGAAGAGUUGUCUGCUGGUGACUCCAAAAUCGUGAGUGAGUUGAGAUUCAAAGACCUAAAAGCUAAAAAUGAUUUGUUCAAUUCCAUUGAUAAAAAUAAUCACCAAGAAGUCUACUGCCAAUGAGCUUUGGGAUUCCAUGAAGCUGAAAUAUCCAGGGUCUGCAAGAGUCUAGAAGGCACAACUGCAGGCUCUGAGAAGAUCAUUUGAGUGUUGGAAAUGAAGGAAGUGGAGACUGUAGCAACUUACUUUGGCAGAGUGAUGAUUGUGGCAAAUGACAUGAGGAACUGUGGGGAGGAGAUAUCAGAUGGGAAGAUAGUGGAGAAAAUUCUAAGAACAUUGACUGAAAGAUUCAAUAACGUGGUCUGCUCUAUAGAGGAGUCCAAAGACAUUGAACUAUUGACUGUUGAUGCUCUCCAGAGUUCCUUGACUGUUCAUGAACAGAAGUUCACCAGGAGGCAAUCCAUAGAAAAUGACCAAGACCUCUGAGUUACUCAUGACUUUGCUGGACAAGGUGGAAUAGGAUCAGGAAGAGGAGUUUAUCAGGGAAGAGGUAGAGGACACGGUGGUAGAUGCUGAAACAAGGACGAUGUGGAGUGCUACAAGUGCCACAAGCUAGGACACUACAGAAAUGAGUGUCCAGUAUGAUAUAGUUCUUAUCAAGCACAUUACUCUAAUUGUAUGCAAGACAAGACAAUGGGAGACUUGCAGGAUGACAUGCUAUUGAUGGCAAUUGUUGAAGAAGAUACCAGUCAGAAGAGCAUUAAAUGUCUAAUGGCUUUAAUAGCAGAAUCACAAACUGAGAAAGAUGAAGACUGGUGGUUCCUUGACUGGGGUUGCAGCAAUCAUAUGAGUGAAAAUAAGAAGUGGUUUGUUUAAAUGAACAAAGAUUUCAACUGCAAUGUGAGGCUAGGCAACGACACCAAGCUGGAUGUGGCUGGAAAUGGUACUGUGAGGUUGCUGAUCAACAAGCUUCCUAUACUCAUUCAAGAGGUAUUGUAUGUUCCCAGUUUAAAAUCAAACCUCUUGAGUGUCGGACAAUGGCAGGAGAAAGGGUUGGCUUUUCUGAUCAAGGAUGGUUGUUGCAAGAUCUUUCAUGAGGAAAGAGGUUUCGUGGUUCAAACUGAGAUGAAAUCUAAUAGAAUGUUUGUGAUUCAUGCUGAAGUAGGGGCAGAGAACAACAAAAGUUCAACCACUCAAUAUCUGCAUGCUGAGAAAUCAGCAUAAUCAUCUCUAAAACUGUGGCACAGGAGGUAUGGACAUCUUAAUAUGCGAAGCUUGCAGAUGCUAAAGAAGAAAGAACUUGUUCAAGGUUUACCAGCAAUGCAAGAGGUUGGAGUAUGCUCUACCUGUUUAACUGGCAAACAACAUAGGCUGCCAUUUCCUAGGAAGAGUCAAUGGAGCGCAACCAAAAAGCUCCAGCUGAUCAUUGCUAACCUUUGUGGCCCCAUUACACAUGUUUCCAGUGGGAGCGAGAGGUACAUUUUCACCUUGCAGAUGAUUUUAGUAGGAAAUUGUGGGUUUAUUUCCUGACUACAAAGUCUGAAAUUUUGAGCUUGGUCAAGAAGUUUAAAGCUCAAUUAGAAAAGGAUACAAGCCUCCCUAUAAUGGGGCUUAGAACUGAUCGAAGUGGAGAAUUCAUGUUAAAUGAAUUCAAAGAACUAUGUGAUGAGGUAGGAAUUCAAAGAUAGCUUACAGUUGCUCUUACUCCCCAGCAGAAUGGGGUAACAGAGAGGAAGAACAUGACAAUUAUGAACAUGGUGAGAUGUAUGCUACAAGACACCAAGGUUCCCUCUCGUUUUUGGCCUAAAGCGGUGAAUUGGGUCGCUCACAUUCUCAACAAGAGGUCAACAGCUACAAAUCAGGGGAGGACCCCUCAGGAAUUGUGGACUGGUAGUCCUACAUUAGUUUCUUAUUCAGAAUCUUUAGUUGCUUAGCUUGUGUGCAUGUUCCAGAUGAAAGGAGGAAGAAACUAGAUCCCAAGAA